AUUUAUAUUAUAAAACACUAAUCCAAAUGGAAGCGAAUGUUGCAACUGAUGGAAAUAAAAUUCUACAAAAUUCACUAUUAUUCAAUGCGUUAAGAAAAAAUAAAACGUCGGAGCAAAAAAUCCGGAAAAUUAAAAAGUAUUUGAGUCAUGGUGCGGAUGUGAAUGCAAUCGAUGCUAAUAAUAAUUGCAAUACGCCGCUGCAUAUUGCAGUAUUAAAAGGAGGACCAGAGGUAGUACGAUUUCUCUUAGAUAUAGGAGCAAAUGCCACACUUAAAAAUAAUAGUAAUCAAACUGCAUUUGAUAUUGCUCAACAACCUGACACAAUCAACGGAUCAGAUAUUAUUAGCCUAUUUAAAAGCUAUGAUUAUGACAAACAACGGAAGAAGGUAUAUGAUGAAAAAGAAAUAACUAACAUAAAUGACCAAAUUAGUAAAAUUCAGAUACACAAGAUUGUUGAAAAUACUGUCGAGUUUACAAAAGAAAAUUUUUAUCGAAAGAGAAAUGAAACGUCUGGACUUGGGGGGCAGUUAUAUGAAACAAAAUUAAUAACUUUGGUUUUAUUGAGGAUUUUGAAUUGUGAGCAAAUUAAUGAUUUUCUGUUGGGAUCUAAUAUGGAAAGUGUUGGUGCGUUUGACGAUAUAAUUUGCAGAUAUGAUGUAAAAGGAGGAAAAAAACCAAAAAUAUUAUUUUUGCAAGCGAAGCACAGAGAAAAUCCCACAAAAGGAGAAAUAACGAUCGACGAAUUACUAAAACAGAACGGUGAUUUCAGUUUGUGUAAAUACUUCGAUAGCUACUUAAAGAUAACAAGAAAAUUUUCUCCUAAUAAUGAUGACAAGUUAUUUAGAGGAUCUGUUGUAGACGUUGAUUGUUAUUUUAUCAUUUUCACAUCAGCAUUGGAAAACUUUAGCAAAAAGAAAAAUGUGAAUCACAAUAUAGAUUUCUUAAAAACUAAUCACGAUGGUAAGAUCUUUCAGUAUAAUUAUGAUGACAAUGAUCUUAGACUUUUAUCUCGAAAUAUUUGUAUAUCACGAGUUGUAGCUUUAGCCAAGCGCUUAUGCCAGUUUAUUCUGAAAGACAACAAAAAUUAUAAAAAUAUGAUGAUGGACGAAUUAUUAAAAUCUUUUCAUGUGUACCUGGCUCAAAAUGUAAUCACUUCAGAAACUAUACAAGAUUCGACGAAAGAAACUUUUCUUCUUGGAAAGUUUAGAGAAAGUUUCUUGACCAGCAACGAUGAGCUCUUAUUGCUUAUGAAUAAAACAAUCAAUACAGAAAUAUUAGAGAGUAAGAAGUUAAAUGAUCAUAAGUGUAAGUUCAAUAUGCAAUCACUAACGUUCAAGUUACCUAUUAAUUUUGGCAAUGAUAAUUUUACUUUCAGUGGUAGUGAUGCUAAAAAACAGAGGAGAUUAACAUAUUUAAGUUCAAAAUUUGAAAAAUUAGUAUCUGAAGCAAAUAAUAAAGAUAUUAAUAAAAAUCAGAAUUACAUUUUGGUAAAUGUUGAUGACAGCAUGAUUGGACCAAAUAAAAUAUUACAAGAUUCGGACAUGGAAAGUUAUAGGUUCGGAGGCUUAAUAGGCAAUUUAUUGGUGGUAGACUGUAUCACAAAGACACUUAAAUUUAAUUUGGCUGAACAUGCGUUAUCUGAGGAUAAUGUUAAACUAUUAGAUAUGUUAAAAGAGAAACUAAGUGAUCUCGAUCGAUUUAGGUUUGAAUUCAAAACUUUUCGUCUGCCGCGACUUACAUUGUACGACAAUGACUACGAUAGAUCUAUUGUUAGAGAUUUUUUGGAAAAAGUAUAUUUUUUCACAAAUCAAGCCAAAGAAAAUGAAGUAGAAGAUGUUGUCAAAUUAGAAAUAGAUGAAUUUUGCCAUAUCAAGCAGAAUCAAAAUGAAACGCUUUUCAAAAUAAAACGUGAUGCAAUAUUUUUAAGAGUACACGACAGAAUCCAAAAAUGGUGGAGACAAUCACUUUCAGCUCCUUAUUUAACACCAACAUGUAAAUUUUUUCACGAAGCUCAAAAUGAAAUCUUAGAAACUCCAUUACUGGGUUUUUUAAACAUUAUGUAUCGUGAAAAUUUGAAAAGUAUUUCGGUCAAAUUUUUGGCUGUUGCAAUACAAUUACUAAGCAUUGAUAAGUUCUUGAAUGGCAGUGAAUCAGCUUUGAUCAUUUAUUCAGAUGAAUUUUGUUUUACAUGUAUAAAGAUAGUGCAAUACUUUCAAGAAAAUAAUUUAGAACAAGGAUGUAUAUUUAUAGAUUUGGAAUAUGUAAUUCACGAAAAUUUUUUGUUAGCUGUACAAACUGAGUUAACUAAAUCUAAAAUUAACAAACUUGUAGUGGUUUUUCAGAACAAUGACUUUAAGAACAAAGUUACCUGUGAAUCUAUUAAAGAUAUGUUAAUUAAUUUUAAAGGAAAAGUAAUUAUUGUAACGAAUAGUAAACUAAGAGGCCUUUUUGACCCGAUGUUAAAGGAAAAUAUUGUGCAGGUGGAAGACAAAGAUUGCCUAACUGAUCUAGUGCGGGAAUAUCGUGAUAAGGUACUUAAAAAGAGAAAUAUUAUUUUCCAAGGAAAUGAAUUAGCACUUCACCACAUUUUAGAUCAUAAAUCUUCUAAGUUUGUAAGUGGUAAAGUUCUGCGUAAAAUGUUAAAUAACGAAAAAAUACAAGUUGGCAAGGAAUUAGUAAAACUCUACUACAAUACUCUAGAUAUUUAUUAUAUUAACCGAGUCAUGUAUCGAUAUGUUACUUUAGAUGUAAGCGUUACUUAUCAUGAUUUAUUAAUAGUACAUAGUAUGCAGUGUAAUGACUGUCUCUCAAUGUCGGAAACUAAACUUGAUAUUAUUUUCAUAUCGCAAGCUAGCGAGGAAUACGAUGAUUUCUGUACAGAACACAAAGGAAAUAAUGUUCAUUGGUUUAAAUAUGAAAAUAAUUGCUAUGUAUGGAAAAAGUCAAAAGGCAGUUUAAAAGUAUUACUGAAAUAUGUAGAAAGAAAACUUGAAGAUGAAUAUGGAGUGAGACCAAAGUUUUUGAAAGAUAUCGAUGAAAAAUGUGUAAUAAUAUGUGCAGGAUCCGGUAUGGGAAAGUCAACGUUACUGACUUAUCUUACAAUACAAACAAAACGUAUUCUACCGAAAAUGUGGAUCGCUAACAUUAAUUUGCUCGACUAUAUUGACGAGUUAAGUAAAUGGAAAGAAGAUGGAACAAAUAUUAAUGAUAUCGUAGAAGUUAUAAAGUUUUUGUUUGCUGCAACUAGUGCCCAUUUUAAAAAGCCUAAAGUUAAUAAUCUAUGCGAAAAAGAUAAACUUCAACAACUUUUAAAAUUAAUAGCAGUAGAUGGCGCUAGGAACACGAUAUAUUUACGGAAUAUUGAUUUAGAAUCAGAAUGCAAUGAAUUAGGUCUAUUGGAAUUAAACUUAUUUACACACUAUUAUAAUAAUAAUAUGAUAACCGUUGUCUUUGAUGGUCUUGAUGAAAUUUGUCCUGAUUAUGCUAAUGAGGUUACUAGACUAUUGGAAACUCUUAAGCUUUCGAAUGUCGCUCAUUUGUGGGUAACGGCAAGAUCAUGCAAUGUUGUACAUGAAUUGGAAUGUAUUUUAGAAACAUUUUCCUAUUCCCUUCAAGAAUUGACGCCAUUACAACAAGAGCAAUUUUUGGAAAAGAAGUGGUCUGUAAAAUUAGUAACUAGUAACGCCGUACAAAUAAGGCGAGAUGUUAAAAAGUUUUUUAAAGUUCUGUGUAUUGUUCUCCGGGAUGAAGAAAAUUUAUUUGUUAGUGUGCCUUUACAUUUGGACAUGAUAUCUGAAAUGUUUUUUACUUUCUUCAAAUACUAUUAUGAAAAUAUUGACAAAUAUACAGAUGAAUACAUAGAACAGGUUACAAAUUCAUUUAACUUAACUUCUGUUUACGAAAUCUUUGUAGGUAUAAAAUUUAAUAAAAUUCGUUUAGGUGAUGAAAAAUAUGUUAUGUUUAUUAAAGAUCCUGAUAUGAGAAAAAUGAUUGAAAAAGAACGGACAUUAUUUUUAGAUAAUCAUAAAAGGAUCGCUGCGUAUUUUUUGUUACCUAAGAGCGUUCUGAGCGAUGUUUUUACUGAAGAUGAAAUUAAUAAAAUAAAAACAUUUGUUGAACAUAUUAAAUCAGGUGAAGAAAGAUCUGGUAUAAUCGAAAGUAUGGACGAUGACCAUAUUCAAUUCGUACACGUUACAUAUGGCGAAUACUUUGCAGCAGAAUUUCUGUUCGAGAACUUUACAACAGAACUACGUUCACUAUCGUAUCAUGAUGUAUUUCAUCAAGUUUUCGUUACAAAUAAGGGAAUUCGAAGGUUUAUUAUAAGCAAAUUGUUAAAAGACAAAAUGUUAUUUAAUUUAUCAAAUGAUACGAGUCAUGUCUGUGAAGUUUUUUAUGCUCUGAUGUCGUUGAAAUAUCUGCCAUCCAAUGUUAUAACCGUUGAAGAUUAUUUAGACCAAAUUGUAACGUACUUUUUGAUUUGUAUCAGCACUGCUUUACCUAGAGAGACAGUCACUAAAUACUUAUGUUUGUUUAAGAAAAAUUGUAGUAGAAAAUAUUGUGAAGUUUGUAUAGCAAAAGAUCGUAAGUUAAAUACUGGUUUCUUAACGGAGGAAGCUGAAAAUGUCGAUGAUAGUAUAAUAUGAGCAUGAAAUAACAUUUAUUUUCCCUCAGUUCAAGUGAAAUUGUAUCACUGGGUCAUAUCCUUAAUGAAGGUACUUACUGACCUUGCCCCAGGAAGAUAUGAUGUAAAACGAACGUCAUUAAAUGUUUUAAAUUAAUUUUGUUACUUUUGCUUGCAAACUACAUAAUUUUUCCACGUGUCUUUUUGUACUUAUAAAGUGUGUUUAUCUUUUAAUUUCUAUUUAAAAAUUGAAAAGGACUGAUAUACCGACAUGUAUUUUUCAAAUAUGCAUUUUUGUGUAAAUAAUGUCUUUUAUCUAAAG